UCGCUGAAGAUCAUUUAGAUGAAACGUCGUUGCAGCUUAAAACGGCUUCGGUUUGAACGCUAAGCCCCAAUGAAAAUCGAUGGUGCCGCUUAUUCAUGUCGUUCGUAGAUGCCAAUGGCGACUGCGUUAGCUUGCUUCCUUAUUAUCUUCAUCGCUUUGGGUGCCAGCAGUAGCUGGAAGGAGGUGCUUGCAACCGAGUGUCCGCUGCCGACGUCCUGCUAUACAUGGCGGACCCUGCACGCCUGUGACCUGGGCACCGACAUCCAACUGGAUGAUACGGGUCACGCCAUCGCGGCAUGCGCUGACACAUCGGCGGAUGUGGUCUGGUUUCGCCGAUUCCAAUAUCUUCCCUACCAGUUCGAUCUCAUCAAAGAUCCCGGACCUGAUAAUGCUACGGGCAAUGUGAUUGCUGUGUCACGCUGCACUCCACGUCGGAAGGGAGAUGCGGCGGACCGCGACGAGCCGGUGGCCAUUCUGCGCAGUCCCGCAAUUAUUCCGCGAGGCUGUUUGGCUCUGCGUGUCACAUUUUGGUACCGGUUAUCUGGCGAACCAACUUUCUCACCAACUUCGCAGGAAUUCAAUCUUAAAGUGCUCAUUGAGGAUCGAUAUUACACUUUCCCGAAUGACUUAAUCUGGGGACGCCAAAACGAUUAUACGAACACCAGUGUCAAUGAAUGGAAUUUUGCCGAAGUCUUCUUCGGACGCGAUAACGGCCAACAGUUCACAGUAAACUUCCUGGCGUACCAUGACAACGAGUGUCGGGGAAACGUUAAAGCCAUUGCUUUGGACUCCAUGACGAUCCAAGCAGCGCAGAGGAUCGCCAACUGUACAGACGUUACGGAUGUAACAGUGACAACUAAUUCCCCAAACGACCAAACCACGCUCACAGUUAAUUCUACCGAAUCGUACGAGUGCUACGUUGACGAACCGAUUGUGGUCCGGUGCGUGAGAGGCGCCGUGACCGUGACGCCGCCGUUACCGGUUAACAUUUCAGACAGCAAUGCCGCGGAGAUAACGUUUCAAGGCGACAAUACAUAUCCUUGUCGAACGCUUUUACGGGAACUCCAUCUCUGUUUGGUGAACGCCAGUUCUGCAAUCCACCGCGCAGCCGAAUCGCCCACAACUGUCAUUUGCCGCAAAGGAAGCCUAGAGUUCUCUGAAGUAGAUCCCGAUGCGGCACAAUCCACGGAUCUGGUCUUCCGUACACCGUCCGUUGAUCUGACGUGUCGGAAGAAGUUCGUUGAGUUUUUGCAGCAGUUGGCAAAUUCUACUGUCGAUGAAGAAGAGACUACCAGUGCCGGCGGUACGACCACUACGGCUUCCGCGCCACCAGAGAGACCCAGUUGCUCAUUGCCGGCGGCUUGCUAUGACUGGAUAACGCUGCACCAGUGCGACAUGGGCACUACGGUUCAGCUCGUUCAGAGUACGAUAAUCACGGCGUGCUCUAAUCAGGAUCAAGGAAUCAUGUGGACGAGGGGAUACAAAUACUACCCGUAUCAAUUCGACCUCGUAGAAGAUGGCGCCGAUGCUGACAAAGGAGUAUUCGCGAUUUCCCGCUGCUCGCAACGCGUUGCUGGUGUGGCACCGGAACGAAGCGAUGCCGUGGCGAUUCUGCGCAGCGCAAUCGUCACCACGACGUCUUCCUACCCCUGCCUGCUUGUGUCCUUUUAUUAUCGCCUGUCCGAUUUUCCGGUAUUCUCGGUUAACCCAGACGAGCAGUUCCAUCUCAAAGCGUUUAUCGAGGAUUACGGUCAGACGUUUCCUCACGAGCAGAUUUGGGGGAACGAGACCGAAUAUGCGGAGAAUAUUAUCGGCCAGUGGCGCUAUGUCGAGGUGGGUUUCACUCGCAAUGCUGGACAACGAUUCACUAUCAACUUUUUUGCUUACCAUAACGACGGCUGCCAGAUCAACCUCAAAACGAUUGCAUUAGAUGCAAUAACCAUUCGAACAGCGAAGGAGACCGGCGUGUGUAUCACCACCACCGCCACUACAACCCCGUCGAAGCCAACCAUUCCAACUUUAUCCUCGGUUGCGUGGUUUCGUGAUUCCAGUCAACUGAGUCAAAGCACAUGCGACGUUGGACCGGCCAUAAUUUACAACUGUCAAAAAGGCGUCGUCAGUAUCGAUUCACCGAUUUCGGAUAUUGAUAGCAGCGACGGCAUGGAAGCGGUGUUUCGUGGCGACAACACGUAUCCUUGCCGAACACAUUUACGGAAAUUGCACGUUUGGUUACUGGAGUUAGUCGGAAGAUCGUCGCGCUCUGGCUACGAGCCCACACUUAUCACGUGCCGGAAAGGUCAGUUCGACUUCUCCGAACCGAAUCCCGAUGCGGCACAAUCCACGGAGCUCGUGCUGCGCACUGUAUCGGUCGAUUUAGCGUGCAGGAAUGCUUUUUCUCACUUUGUACGCCAAAUGGUAGCCCUCGCUGAUUUGAAAUUCUCUGAGAACGGGUGUUUUUGACUGACUGCUAUAAAAUUUUCAAUGGCAGGUCUCGGGCUUCUUAGUACUUGGUGUAUGGUUCUUGAGCUCGCUGAAAAGAUGCGAAACAAAGAAAAUUGCCCAAAGCAGUCGGA